GUCAUUGUUAAUUGGUCAUUAGUCCUGCAAUCGUAACGCAGGUCUGUAAAUUCUGUACAAUACUGGAAGAAAGCUUUUAUAACAGUAAGGCAUCAGGAACGCUACGUCAGUCUAAUGGAGGAUAUCGCGCUAACUUGUUCCAGCGGCCAAGUUCAAACUCCAUUCUCAGUCAAAGACAUUCUCGGUCUCAACCUUCAGGAUCAGAGUAACUGCUCCACCCUGGAUUACAGCGGAAUCAAUUAUGCCCCUAGCCUCGGCUACGGCGGCUACACAAAUAUGGACACGGUUGGGUACGGCUCGGUAGACACGGGCUAUACCAACUCCAACCAAUGUGACUAUAGUUCUUCAAUGAUGUCUCAGUACACAACAGCCACACCGUCUUACACAACUCUUGGAUCCAGCUCACCAGCGACCAUUCAGCCCGACCAUGCAGUCCAGCAGCAAAAUACGGCCCCACCUGUCUACGCUAGCCCGCUCGUACUGAACACCGACACUGGCCCCGGAGGCAACGUAUCCCCACCACUCUCGACAGAGGUGUCCACACCGGGCUCGAUCUGCUCCGAUGACGGGGGGCAAGAAUGCAAUACGGAAACAGACAAAACUGCUACUCCAGCAGAAGCUGACCAUAGUAAAUCUCCGGCGACAGAAAGCAACAAUGAGUGCCACCUAUUGCGGCAAAGAACAAAACGCAAACCAAGAGUACUAUUUUCUCAGGCGCAGGUAUACGAACUUGAGCGACGCUUCAAACAGCAGAGAUAUUUAUCCGCCCCCGAGAGGGAACAAUUAGCAAAUAUGCUGAAACUAACAUCUGUUCAAGUCAAAAUAUGGUUCCAAAAUAGAAGAUACAAAUGUAAGAGACAACGACAGGACAAGACAUUGGAACUAACCGCAAUGCAACCACCAAGACGUGUGGCGGUGCCUGUGUUAGUAAGAGACGGUAAACCCUGUAUGGGGCAAUCUCCAGGCACUGGUGCAGGGGGUUACUGCACUCCAUCAUCAGCACCCUAUAACGUCAACCCAUUCGCCUACCCUAGCCAAGCGUAUAGCACUAUGAACACUAGUAUACCUCCAAUGCAGAAUAUGCAACAGACGAACUAUGUCACACAAGGACAAAUGCCUCAAAUGCACCAAGGCAUACGGGCCUGGUGACUAGACGGGGAGUAGGGGGACCUUAGUAUCCCUGUACUCCGAAAGUAGACAAACUCUUCAUGAGAAGGCUACAUCAAACGCAAGAUUGAUCAAACUCUGGAAAUAAAUUAUGCUGCCAAAUUUAUAUUUUAAUAGGCACUUGACCAAUGUGAUAUGGAGUAUCUCUAUUUGAAUCAUCAAAACAAAUAUUAUUUAAAAGCAAUAAAAGGAGAGAUUGUAGAUUGGCCGAUGCCAGAUGAUUUGUAAGUAGUUCUAGACUAUGCAACAUCCACGCAUGAUAUCGCUGCUCAACGACAUGCCAUACAUGAAAUAUUGCACGUGAUUUUCAACACACUUU